UGAAGCUUUGCCUGUUAACAAAUCCACAUAUGAUUAUUCAAUGGAUCCAAAAUUCUACCAAUAUGUCAAGUCAGGCAAAGUUUGUUCCCUCAAACAUGUUCUUUAUCAAAAUCCAGGACUACUUUUCAAGGUAACUCCUCAGGAAAACACAGCUCUCCAUAUUGCCGUGAAGUUUGGACACAUGACUAUAGUCACUGAGAUUUAUGGCAGGUGUGGAUCACUCCUGUCAAAGCAGAAUUUAGAUGGAGAUACACCUCUACAUAUUGCUGCAAGGGCAGGUCACUUAUCUAUAAUUGAUUUUCUGGUGAAAGAAAUCUUUUCUUCAAUGUGGAGAGAAACUGAUGAAGAUGAAAUCAUUGGCAAGUUUGAGAUUCUGAGAAUGGGAAACAAGGAAAACAACACAGUUUUGCAUGAAGCUGUCAGGAAUGGUCAUCUUAGAGUGGUUCAACUCUUGCUAAAGAUCGAUCCUAAGUUGGCUUGUUUAGAAAAUUUUGCUGGUGAAUCGGCUUUAUAUCUUGCUUCUAGAGAAGGAAUGCUAGAGAUAGUGAAUGAAAUUCUCACAUCAACAAAUAAGUCGGCAGCUUAUGGGGGUUCAGAAGGCCAAACAGCUUUGCAUGCUGCUGUCAUUGGGAGCCAUUAUGGUACCAUGCAAGCCCUCCUAAGAGCCAAACGACAGUUGAUCAGAGAAGUUGACCAUCAUGGAAGAACCUCUCUCCACCAUGCAGCAUCUCUAGGAGACCAUAAAACAGUGAAACAAUUACUGGAUCUUGAUAAUGCUGUUGUAUAUAUAUUGGACAAACAUGGUCACUCACCACUUUAUGUUGCAGCUAGCAAUGGUCAUGUUAAUGUCAUAAGAGAGAUCAUUCGGCAAUGUCCGGAUUCUGCAGAACUUCUUGAUUUAUGUGGGCGCAAUGCUCUACAUGCUGCCAUCCUUAGUGGGAAAGGUAAUGUUAUCAGGUAUAUGCUGGAAACAGCAGAAACAGAAGGACUCAUAAACCAGCCUGAUAAUGAUGGAAAUACGCCUUUGCUUUUGGCGACUAUUGGAAGGAAAAUUUGGAUUGUUCGGUACUUGAUAUGGGAUAAAAGAGUGGAUCAAAGAACCAAGAACAAAAAUGGCCAAACUGCAUUUGAUCUUGAUCCUUCCAUCAGAGAAUCAUGUCUAACAGUUCCCAGGAAGGCGGUCUCAAUUAUCCGGAGAAAAUUCAGCUCCCUACCUACUGGGAGCAUCAGAGAAGACAUUCCUCCAAGUGCAAACCAUGAAGCAGAGGAUGCCAAAAUGCAGUCUUACAGGCAAAUGGGACAGACCCUCUUAAUGGUAACAACGCUAAUCACUACUGUUACAUUUGCAGCAGCAUUUACAAUGCCUGGAGGCUACCAACAGAAUGGUGCCAAACAAGGCAUGGCGCUUUUGGAUACAAGCAAAAACCUUAAAUUGUUUGUUAUUUACGAUGUCAUUGCAAUGACCUGCUCCACAACAGCAGCUUGUCUCCUAUUUUGGGGAGUUAUAAGUGGCAAAAAAUCCUACCCAUAUUGCCUAGCAAGCGCUACAUUGCUGACAUACAUAGCGCUACAAGCGACUGCAGGAGCGUUCUUGGCAGGCAUUAAUACUGUUUUGCCUCAACAGCCUUAUAUUGUUAUUAUGAGUAUUGUGCUAGACAUUGGUUUCCACAUAAGCACAUGCCUGCUUCUUUUCCAUUUGUUUAAGGUUUUUCAUGUCUCCGAAGUUUCUCAGUUCUUCAUUUCCCAUCUUUAUAAGCUCAAGUUCAAAAAAAGAUGAU